AUGGAAUUGUUAUCUGCUUUGGUGGGGAGUGUCACUGGUUACUUGAUGCUGCCAGUGGAGCGAGGGAUUGGGUAUUUAUUUAACUACAACACUAACAUCACAUCUAUGGGAAAUGAAUCUGAGAAGCUGAAGAACAGAAAAAGUGACGUGCAGCGAAGAGCAGAAGAUGCCCAGAGAAACUUACUACUCAUUUCACUCACUGGCAAGGCUUGGCUAGAAAGUGUUGAUUCCACUAUUGCACAAGUGGAUGAAAUAAUGGGAGGUAGAGCUGAGGUUGAAAGGGGUUGCUUAUAUGGUUGCUGUCCAAACUUGAAGUCACGUUACUCCCUCAGCAAGAGAGCCAAGAAAAUUACAGAGAAGUUGACUAAACUUCAAACUGAAAGCGAUGUAAUCUCCUUUGAUCGUCCAGUUCAAAGUGAGGCUAUAUAUAGUAACAAUGGUGAGGAGUUGGACUCCAGAAAAUCGCAAGAGGAAGAGGUCAUCGCAGCUUUGAGAGAUGAUGGGGUCACUAUGAUUGGGAUAUGUGGUCUGGGUGGUGUUGGUAAAACAACACUCGCUGAGAAAAUCAGACUAAAGGAGAAACAACAAGGGUUCUUCAAAGAUGUUGUCAUGGUAACUGUCAGUCAACAACCAGACUGGAAAAAACUUCAGGGUGAUAUCGCAGAAGAACUCAAGCUGAAAUUUGAAGGGGAUAAUUUGUGGAGUCGUGGAGAUCGGCUGCGUACAAGGUUAAUGGAUCAGAACAGCCGCAACCUUAUAAUCUUGGAUGAUGUUUGGGAGUCUCGUCAUGAUCUAGACAAACUUGGAAUUCCCAGCGGUAGCAACCACAACCAUCGGUGCAAAGUGAUAUUGACGACGCGUUUCCGAAAUGUUUGUGAAGGAAUGGAAGCUAAGAAGAUCAUAGAAGUUGGAACGUUAUCUGAAGAGGAAGCAUGGAGCCUUUUCAAAGAGAAAGUCGGUGAUUCAGUUGACGACCCUUCUAUUCGUGGUACAGCAAAAAAGGUUGUCGAAGAAAUCAAGGGGUUGCCACUUGCAAUUAUUACAGUUGCAGCAGCACUAAAGGGUAAAGACAAGCAUUCAUGGGAUUAUGCCCUUAAACAAUUACGUCGUGCAGAAACAAGAAAUAUCCCUGGAGUGCACGAAAAAGUGUAUAAAUCUCUGAGGCUAAGCUAUGAUCACUUGGGAGAAAAUGAAGCAAAGUACCUCUUUUUGCUUUGUUCUUUGUUCGAGGAAGAUAGUGAUAUUUGGAUUGAAGAAUUGCUUAAAUAUGGAAUGGGGCUUCGCAUCUUUUCGGGAAUCGAAAAUUUAGAAGAUGCAAGAAAUAAGGUGUGUUUUCUGUUAAAAAUAUUGAAAGAUUGUUUCUUGUUAUCCCAAGGUUCAGAUGGAAAUCAUGUGAAAAUGCAUGAUGUGGUCCGUGAUGUGGCUAUAAGUAUUGCAUCUGAAGGAGAGCAUAACUUUAUGGUAAGUCACGAUGUUAACUCGGAAGAGUUUCCGAGAAGAACUUCUUAUGAGCAUUUCAGUCACAUGUCAAUUGUUGCAAAUAAAUUUGAUGAGCAUCCUAGACCAAUAAUUUGCACAAAACUGAAGCUUUUAAUGUUGAAACUCUGUUUUGAAGAUCCAUUCAAACUACAGGACGAUUUUUUUGAUGACAUGAGUAACCUCAAUGUCUUGAGCUUGAGGGGACACAGAUUUAAGAAGUCCAUUCUGCGUUUUCCAGCAUCCAUUAGGAGGUUGUCAAGUCUGAGGACGCUGUGUCUGAGUAAUUUAAGGUUGGAUGGCAUAUCCUUUAUUGGGGAACUUGUCGAAUUAGAAAUUCUCAGCAUAAGAGAUUGUGAGUUAGAUGAGCUGCCAGAGGAGAUAGGAAAAUUGACCAAGCUAAUUAGGUUAGAGUUUUGGAAUAAGUAUAGAGCACUUAAAAGGAUUUCAGCAAGGGUGUUAUCAAAACUAGCUCAAUUGGAGGAACUACAUAUUGUGGGAGUAGAAGAUUUGAGGGAUGUGAUGUACAGUAACCUUUGCCUUCCCUCCAAGUUGACACGGUACACUCUUAAAGUGGAUAGAACUUACGAUGAUGAUUACGACAAGAGUAUUAGUUUAAAGGUCACGGAGAAUGCCCCAUUGGGCGAUUGGAUCUGCCACCUGUUGAAGGAGAGUGAAUUUGUAGAGUCAACCGGAAAAGGCUCUAAUAAUGUGUUGACUGAGUUGCGGCAGAAUGAAUUUCAGAACGUGAAAUGUCUCCGCCUCUCUGAAUGUCAUUUAGUGACACAUUUAUUGAAGACAACACAUGAAGUAAUCAAGUUCCCCAAUUUAUAUGAGUUGGAGCUUCGCUCUCUGCGUUGCCUGACUCACAUUUGCAGUGACAAUGUUGAGUGCAUUGAGUUCCCUCUGUUACAAACAAUGUUCUUCAAUGAAUUACCUGAGUUCCAGAAUUUCAGGCCUACAGCCAACAACUCAAAUCCUCUUUUUGAUGAAAAGGUUUGCUUCUUAUCAUCAAAAUGUUACUUUUUACAUACAGCUAACAACAUAAGUGCUCUAUGCUCUCACCAACUUCCAACUGACUACUUCACCAAACUUCAAACAUUGAGAGUAUCAUAUUGUGGAAAAUUGAGAAAUUUGAUGUCUCCAUCAGUGGCCAGAGGUCUUCUGAAUCUCCAAGUGUUAUUCAUAGAAGGUUGUGAAUCAAUGGAAGAAGUGAUCACAAAAGGAGAAGGAAUCAUGACCUUAUUUCCCCGAUUGCAAGAGUUGACGCUUCGGGACUUGCCUAAGCUGGGGCAUUUCUAUCUAACAGAGCACGCUCUUGAAUUUCCAUUACUUAGAACUGUGUCUAUUCGUUUCUGCUCUGGAAUGAAGACGUUUGUUCAAUUGGGAAUAUCUGUGAGUACACCGAUUCUCAAAUGUGAUGGUGAGGUGAAAGUAGAUGAUCUAAAUAAAUGGAUACAAGAGAGGUCAAAUCCUCUUUUUGAUGAAAAGGUUUCUUGUCCCAACCUAGAAGAGAUAUCUAUCAAUACAGCUAACAACAUAAGUGCUCUAUGCUCUCACCAACUUCCAACUGACUACUUCACCAAACUUCAAACAUUGAGAGUAUCAUAUUGUGGAGAAUUGAGAAACUUGAUGUCUCCAUCAGUGGCCACAGGUCUUCUGAAUCUCCAAGUGUUAUUCAUAGAAGGUUGUGAAUCAAUGGAAGAAGUGAUCACAAAAGGAGAAGGAAUCAUGACCUUAUUUCCCCGAUUGGAAAAGCUGUGGCUUGAAGGACUGCCUAAGCUGGGGCAUUUCUUUAUGACAGAGCACGCUCUUGAAUUUUCAUUUCUCAAGGACGUGAUUAUUGAUGACUACCCUGAAAUGAAGACGUUUGUCCAACAGGGAAUAUCUGUGAGUACACCGAUUCUCAAAUGUGAUGAUGAGGUGAUAGUAGAUGAUCUAAAUAAAUCGCUACAACAGAGGUCAAAUCCUUUUUUUGAUGAAAAGGAACAAGAAGCUAGUCAUGGCGACGGAGCUGAAUCUAGAGGAGGUUCCAGUGGAGAAAGGAAAAUUGAUCCAAUCUAA